AUGCCCAAAUCGUCUUCGGUUGCGCUUCCAACACCACUGCCGCUGCCAGUCACCACCUCAUCGUCAGCUCCAACAACUCCGGAUGCUGCAAAAACGCUGUCGGCUUCUUCUCCAACGAUGAAGAUGCGGCUGAGCCACAUGCUGCACAAUGCCACACAUCACAAUAAAAGUAAAGGUAACGGCGCUGAAUUAACUUGGUGCUUUUCUCAAGUGAAAGGUUCUAUAGAGGAAGAUGUAGCAGAAGCGGACAUAAUUUCCUGUGUGGAAUUCAACAGUGAUGGUGAGCUGUUAGCUACAGGUGACAAAGGUGGCAGAGUUGUCAUCUUUCAGAGAGACAAAGCCAGCAAGAAUGCUGUGCCAAGUCGAGGAGAGUACAAUGUUUACAGCACUUUCCAGUCUCAUGAGCCAGAGUUUGACUACCUGAAAAGUCUAGAAAUUGAAGAAAAGAUCAAUAAAAUAAGGUGGUUACGCCAAACAAACAGAAAUCAUUUCCUUCUUUCUACAAAUGACAAGACAAUCAAGCUCUGGAAGGUGGCUGAACGUAACAAGCGUCCCGAGGGUUACAACCUAAAGGAUGAAAUGGGCCAACAGCGAAAUAAAUCCUCCAUCACAGCACUUCGGGUGCCAGUGUUUCAGCCCAUGGAACUCAUGGUGGAGGCUAGUCCCAAGCGUGUGUUUGCUAAUGCACACACCUAUCACAUCAAUUCCAUCUCAGUCAACAGCGAUUUGGAAACUUACUUAUCAGCUGAUGAUCUUCGCAUCAACCUCUGGAAUCUUGAGAUUACAGACCAGAGUUUUAAUAUUGUUGAUAUUAAACCUGCUAACAUGGAAGAACUCACAGAAGUAAUAACAGCUGCUGAAUUUCACCCCAAGGAGUGCAACAUGUUUGUGUACAGCAGUAGUAAGGGGAGCAUACGGCUGUGUGACAUGAGAGAACAGGCACUCUGUGAUAAACAUGCUAAAAUAUUUGAGGAACCUGAAGAUCCCACCAACAGGAGCUUCUUCUCCGAGAUCAUAUCCAGUAUAUCAGAUGUGAAGUUUAGCCACAGUGGUCGUUACAUGACAACUAGGGAUUACUUAUCUGUCAAAGUCUGGGACUUGAAUAUGGAGAGCAAGCCAGUGGAAACAUACCAAGUUCACGAAUACCUCAGAAAUAAAUUAUGUUCACUCUAUGAAAAUGACUGUAUAUUUGACAAGUUUGAAUGCUCAUGGAGUGGAGAUGACAAGCAUAUAAUGACAGGUUCCUACAACAACUUCUUCAGAAUGUUUGAGCGAGACAAUAAGAGAGACUGUACAUUGGAAGCAUGUAGAGAAAUAACCAAACCAAAAACUGUACUCAAGCCUAGGAAAGUUUCAUCAGGAGGCAAGAGGAAGAAGGAUGAAAUAAGUGUUGACUGUUUAGACUUCAAUAAGAAAAUUCUUCACACUGCCUGGCAUCCUUUGGAAAACAUAGUUGCAAUAGCCGCAACAAAUAAUUUAUAUGUGUUUUCUAGUAAAGAUUAA